AUGGAUUCUUCCUUAUUGGGAUUGACCUUAAUCGUUGGAAACUCGGAAAGAAGAGUGGAAGAAGAAUCAUUGAAUGGCUCCGAGAAAGAAACAAUGGAUGCAGCAAGAAAUACUCUUGAAGCUGGUGGACCACUUCAAACCUUACAUCAUCAUGGCCAUGAUGAAGAAGAAAAGGCUUAUUCUUCUCUUCCUUUGAUGACUGAGAAUGAUCUUGAAAUGGGAGAGAUUCAUUCGCGAGCCCAUCAUGAGGAUGAUGAACACACUCAUCAUGCGCAUCCGAAGAGUGAUCACGAUGAAAAUCAACACGAUACUAGCAAUUUGGAGGUUCGGCGGAUGAUGAUGAGAGGAGAGUCUGCUCUGGGAGUUGGGGGAGCAUCAUCCUUCUCCUUGUCGUCGGCAACAACGAAGAGAACUAACACGAAAUCUAAUCAUGAUGAGCUUGUUCAUGGCGGUGGUGAAAAGCAACAACAAAAGCAAUCACUCACACCACCAUUCAUGGUACUCGAGCAGGAUCCAAUGGGAAACUAUAAAGGCAAAACUAACGAGAUUUCGAGUAAUGACAAAUUACCAUCACGAAGGAAGGCUCUCUUCAUGGAUUUACCGUCGAUCAGUAUGGGAGGUUCCAGGUGUGUCAAACCGUUGCUAUUGAUAAUUUUAACUGUGACUGUGGUUGCCUUCCUUUGGCUUUCAGCCUAUUCGAAUAAUUCAAAUAAUUUUGAAAAUGAUGGAAUGGAUGAUUCUGUAAUCACUUCAAAAUUGCCUUUCAUUGAGAAUUGGGAAUAUGAGGAUGAUGUUCCCAAAAAAGACAUCACCAACACAGAAAGUACGCCCUUAAUACAGCAGCAAGUAGUCACCAUGCCAGAUUCAUCCCUCUUCACAAUCGAUGAUUACUACAUGGAUUUUGAAAUUGACAAGAGCAAUCAAAAGGAACGGCGACAAGCCGUGAGAGAGGCCUUUAUUCAUGCUUUCAAAGGAUAUGAAAAAGUGUGGGGAAAGGAUGAAUAUAGACCUGUGAGUCGUGGUCAUCACAAUUGGAUUCGUGAUUCGAAUGGUUUUGGUAUGACCAUUAUCGACUCUUUGGACACAAUGGUGAUCAUGGGUUUGAAAGAACAAUUCGAAAAAUCAUUGAAAUAUGUGAAAAACGAAAUGCCUUCAUUUUCAACAAUUAAUGGAGGAAUCAGUGUUUUUGAAACAACAAUUCGAGUGGUGGGAGGAUUUUUGAGUGCAUUUGACUUGACAAAAGAACCAAUUUUCCUUGAGAAAGCCAAAGAUAUGGCAGAUCGAUUGAUUCCUGCUUUCAAUUCUCCAACUGGAAUUCCUUAUUCGGAGAUUAAUUUGAGAACGGGUGAGAAGAAGACUUUUGCUUGGGCUGGUUCGGAUUGUGCAAUUUUGAGCGAGCUUGGAAGUUUACAAUUGGAGUUUAGAAGAUUGAGUGAAUUGACCGGAGACCGUAAAUAUAAUUCUGCCGUCACAAAAGUCAUGGAUGAAAUGAUUCGAGUACGGCCUCAACAUGGUCUAUACCCUCAUAUGUAUAAUAUUUUGAAUGGGCAGGCUUGCUCAAUUCAUGUCACAUUGGGAGCUCUCGGCGACUCAUUCUUUGAAUAUCUACUGAAACAGUGGUUGAUGAACAGAGGAACUAAGGCUGCAGAAAGAUAUCGCCAAGCUUAUUUAGAGACAAUUAAGGGAAUUUUUAAUCAUCUUGUGAAAAAGUCGCACAAAGGUUACACUUACGUGGCAGAGUUUGAACGAAAUGCACGUAACAAGAUUGAUCAUUUGGCCUGUUUUGCUGCUGGCAUGUUUGCCUUGGGAGGGUAUUUCAAUGUCUCCUCAACAGAUUUCCCAAUUUCGAAUGCAAGACAAAUUGAGGUGGGAGCCGAGUUUACGAGAACAUGCUACGAAUCAUAUCAACAAAUGCCUUCCCAUUUGGGACCUGAGGUUUUUACAAUGGACGAAAUUACUGGAGACAUUCGAGCUGGAGGAGCUUCCUCUUAUCUUCUACGUCCUGAAACAGUGGAAAGUUUGUUCAUCAUGUGGCGAAUAACUGGCGAUGAAAAAUACAGAGAAUGGGGAUGGAAGAUUUUCCAAGCCAUUGAAAAACAUUGUAAGGUGGAAGGAGGAGGAUACAGCGGAGUUGUGACAGUGCUCAACUCACAUCCUCACAAAGACGAUUUCCAACAGAGCUUCUUUUUGGCAGAAACUUUGAAAUAUUUGUAUUUGUUGUUCUCUCCAAAUCAUGUCAUUCCAUUGGAUAAGUUUGUUUUCAACACUGAGGCUCACCCUUUAAGAGUCACCAAAACUGAGCAUUAA